UCAUCGUCGUCGUCGUCGUCAAUAUCAUUACCAUCCUUACCUCUCGACCUAAUUUCGGACAUAUUCUUAAGGCUGCCAACGAAAUCUGUUGUGAGGCUUGGUUGUGUUUCGAAGCUUUGGUCAACACUCACCAUCGAUCCAUAUCUCACCACACCGGUUGAAACUCGACCAAAUCUUCUACUCUUCUUCAAAGUUGGUGUCAGGUUCUUUGUUUUCUCGCUCUAUCAACACAAUAGGAACCCUAACUCUUUUUACUACUCCUCUUCUCAACCUAUCAGUGAUUUUUACCAUAUCACCUGUCCAAAAUAUUGUUCCUUCACCAUAAAACACGAGUCAGUCCAUGGCUUGAUCUCCUUACAAAGAGGAGCAACUCCUAUAGUCUGGAACCCUACUAAGAGAGAGUUUACAACUUUAACCAAACCUAACGAGAGCUGGAAGAAUAUAACAGUCUUUUUAGGGUAUGAUCCUAUCGAAGGUAAACACAAAGUAGUGUGCAUGCCGUAUUAUUAUAACCAAGAAUACGACGAGUGUAGGGUUUUAACAUUGGGAUCAGCUCAAGAACAAUGGAGGACGGUCAAAACCAACUACAAGCACAGACAUUUGAUUGGUUCUCGCACAGGAGAUUAUGGAAACAGCACAUGCAUCAAUGGUGUUAUAUAUUAUCGAGCUACAAUUGGUCGUGAUUGGGUUAUAAUGAGGUUCGACGUAAGGUCUGAAAAGUUUGACGAUGCAAUGAAAUUACCAAGGGAUGACAUUUAUAAUUAUUGGCCUGUGGUGAUGGUAUCUAAUCAAGGAAGGUUACUAUGUGUUAGUGCUGGUACCGCUCGUGAUAGUGUUUCAGUGUGGGUUUUGAAGGAUGCAGAAAAAAUCGAAUGGGUGAAUCAUAUCUUUUUACCUCUCAAACACUAUGGUCGGGGUUUGAAAGACAAGUUCAGACUAAUAGGCGUCACUGGUGAUGGUGAAUUCAUUUACGUACCAACGACGGCGCUCCAGUCUGAUCUUGACAUCAUUUAUAUCAAUCCAAUGACAAAGACGUUUCGAAGGGUCGAGUACAAUGGUAUUGCAGAUUAUGCUUUUCGACACCGCUAUGGUCUUGGUGUGAGACCUUUGCGUGGGAUCCAAUAUUUCCCCAACCACGUUGAACCCUUCACGUCUUGA